ACAUUUCCCGCCACAGCCAGCCCGUACUUUGCUUCUUUCCCCCUCUCCCAUGGCGGCGCCGUCGGCGGCCAUGCGCAAGAAGCUCCAGCGCAAGUUCCGGCUCAGGGGCUUCACCCUCAAGGUAGACGCCCUCGAGGAGGCGGCCACCUUCCUCGCCCGCUUCCCCGACGCGGAGGACGACGCCCUCGAUCUCCUCCUCGACGAGCUCGACAAGGAACCGCUGAAAUCGUCUAUACUGGACGGGGACGCCGUCCGGCGCGUGGUGUCCCUGCUUGUCGAGGCGGAGGAGGCGGUCGACGCGGCGUCGCCGGCGGCCACCAGCGCCCGUUCGGCGCUGAGGGUGGUGGACUCAUUCGUCGUGCCGCGGUUCCAGUACGACCCAAUCAAGAAAGUGUUCUACGAGCACACUGGCAGAUUAGCAAUUCAUGGAGAAGCCAGCGAUAAAGCUGCCCUUUACAGGGAUAGGUAUCAAGUGCUUCUUCAGAGGCUCGCUCGUGAUAAAUAUUUCUCCAGGCCAGCCUUUGAGACUGUGAUGACUGAAAAGGAUAGUUGUGAGAUAACUUCUAUACAGUCUUUAAUUGGGUGCACUGGACGGAGAUGGAUUAUGGGGGUCAUAUCGCAGUUGGAGGAACGUCAGUUCUACUUGGAGGAUCUUACUGGAGCAGUUCCAAUUGACUUAUCAAAUGCAAAAAUCACUUCGGGUUUUUUUGUUGAAAACACUGUAAUUGUGGCAGAAGGGGAAUUGCUUUCAAAUGGCAUCUUCCAGGUCAAUACAUGUGGGUUUCCUCCAUUAGAGGAUAGGGAAGCAUCACUUUCACUGCUUAUGGGGCUUGAUUUCUUUGGUGGAGGAGUCAUACCAACUGAAGAAACACUGAGACUGUCAUCACUAGAAAAUAAGGCCGUAAACGACAUGUUUGUCAUACUUUCAGAUGUUUGGCUGGACAGUGCUGAGACUAUGGAGAAGUUAGCUGUCGUUCUUGAUGGCUAUGACAGUGUUGAAGUGGUUCCUUCUCUCUUUGUUUUAAUGGGCAAUUUCUGCUCUCGACCUUGCAAUCUGGCAUUCAAUUCAUUUGAAGAACUCAGAUUGCAGUUUGGAAAGCUUGGUGAGAUGAUUGCAGCCCGAACUAGGCUAAAGGAACAUAGUCGUUUUCUAUUCAUUCCUGGACCCGAUGAUGCAGGACCGUCUAAAGCUCUCCCAAGGUGUGCACUCCCGAAGUAUCUGAUCGAGGAACUUCAGAAGCAUAUCCCAAAUGCUAUAUUCGUAAGCAACCCCUGCAGGGUGAGGUUUUAUACGCAAGAAAUUGUGUUUUUCCGACAAGAUCUACUUUACAGGAUGCGGCGGUCAUGUCUGAUUCCACCAACAACAGAAGAAACAAGUGAUCCUUUUGAACAUCUAGUAGCAACUAUCACCCAUCAGAGUCAUCUUUGUCCAUUACCUCUCACGGUUCAACCUAUCAUAUGGAACUUUGAUCAUUGCCUUCGACUGUACCCGACUCCUCACACGAUAGUAUUGGGCGAUAGAAGUGAACAGAAGGCCUUCAAAUAUACAGGAAUCACUUGCUUCAAUCCUGGUUCUUUUGCAAAUGACAGCACCUUCGCAGCCUACCGUCCUUGCACUAAGGAGGUCGAACUUUCUGCAUUAGAGAGCUAACGUGAUAUGGAGAACAAACUGAAGCUGUAAUGUGUAAUGCCCAACCUUGGCAUUCUCCAAACCUUCGAUGAGCUGCCUAUCACCACUGUACAUCAGCCAUCAAGAUUGAUAUUUAUGAAGCCAUAUGAAUUACGGAGGCCAUUUCAUGCAAGUGAAUUCAGAAAGAUGACAUAAUAGCAACAACAUGCAUGGAGCUGGUGCCCUUUCUUUCAAGCAAACUGAUGCUGACAUAUCAUCACAGGAAUUACAGAUUUGUAGCACCAGGUAGUUGUGGUGUUUGUGUAACAAUGAUCUCAUGAUGUUUUCCCCAAUUGUCCUUCGCUAAAGUCAGAGAUAGAGUUUACUCCUGUAAUAUGUAUCAUUGUUAUUUUUUCCUUUGCUGUAAGCUUUUUUAAUUAAACUGGCGCUUUUCAGUUUUGUAGAACUGCUGAGAUUAGUUCCUCCUUCAAAGAUUGGAUUGUUCACUUGUGUAACAUUUAAUCUGAUUGAUUAAAUUGAGUAUACUGGCAAUGUGUUCACCAAA